AAGCUCACGGCGGCCGCUUCCGCCUUCGCGCCCUGUAGGUAGCUGGAGCGACUCCAGUAGCUGUGGCGGCCCUGGGCUCCUCCUUGGCUCUCCCCGCCAACAUGCUCCAGUUCCUGCUUGGAUUUACUUUUGGCAACGUGGUGGGAAUGUACCUGGCUCAGAACUAUGACAUACCAAACCUGGCUAAAAAACUUGAAGAGAUUAAAAAGGACUUGGAAGCCAAGAAGAAACCCCCUAGUUCCUGAGGCUACUGCAGUUCUUCGUUCUGUACACACUGCCCUCCUGCCUCUGAGCAGCAUCCCUGACCUCCUGAUCCCGUAGCUCUGUGUCACCAGCCUCAGCGAUUUUCCUCUUUGCUAGACUGUGUUGCCUCGGAGCAAAAACAGGGCCCCAAGUCAAGAACUACGCUUCACAAUUUCAGCUCCUCAAGUCUUCUCAUGUCUUCCUUCCAUCUCUUUGGGAGGCUUGAAGACUGAAAUUAUGGUGCUAGGCUAGGUUGGCAAACAUGACCUUUAUUUAGUAGUUUCUCCCUUGUUCUUUGGGAUUCCUACUUCUUGUCAAAACAAAAAUUGCUAAGUUUGUAUAGCUGAUCAGACACAAAUAAUGCUGAAUUAAUUAGUGAUAAAAGUGGGUGCUUGUUAAACACUUGUUACUAAACUUUUUGUUUUGAAGUAUUAAAAUUAAUAUCCAGACCCCA